UGCGUGUGGGCGGGGCUGGUGCGCACGCAACUUCGGCUCCUUCCCCGUCAUUGCUCUUCCCGGUUUCAUCGCCAGCUUGCCGGUCUCAGGCGGCAGAUUCCGUCAGGAAAGCCGUGUGGGGAGAGCCGGUCUCUGCUCCUCGUCAUGUCCUACGGCCCUUUAGACAUGUACCGGAACCCGGGGCCUUCGGGCCCCCAGCUCCGGGACUUCAGCAGCAUCAUCCAGACGUGCAGUGGCAACAUUCAGCGGAUCAGCCAAGCCACUGCUCAGAUAAAGAACUUGAUGAGCCAACUAGGAACUAAGCAGGACUCAAGCAAGCUACAGGAAAAUCUGCAACAUUUACAACACUCCACAAAUCAACUUGCCAAGGAAACAAAUGAAUUGCUGAAGGAAUUAGGGUCCUUGCCCCUUCCCUUAUCUACUUCAGAACAGCGCCAGCAGAAACUUCAGAAGGAACGCCUCAUGAAUGACUUCUCUGCAGCCUUGAACAGUUUCCAGGCUGUGCAGAGAAGGGUAUCUGAAAAGGAAAAGGAGAGUAUUGCCAGAGCAAGAGCUGGAUCUCGUCUUUCUGCAGAAGAGAGGCAAAGAGAAGAACAGCUGGUCUCAUUUGACAGCCAUGAGGAGUGGAACCAGAUGCAGAGCCAGGAGGAUGAGGUGGCCAUCACCGAGCAGGAUCUGGAACUUAUUAAAGAGAGGGAAACAGCAAUUCGGCAGCUGGAGGCUGACAUCUUAGAUGUCAAUCAGAUAUUUAAAGAUUUGGCCAUGAUGAUCCAUGACCAAGGUGAUCUAAUUGAUAGUAUAGAAGCCAAUGUGGAAAGCUCAGAAGUGCAUGUUGAAAGAGCCACUGAUCAGUUACAGCGAGCUGCUUACUAUCAGAAAAAAUCUCGCAAGAAGAUGUGUAUCCUGGUGCUUGUCCUGUCAGUGAUUAUUACAAUCUUGGGACUUAUUAUCUGGCUAGUUUAUAAAACGAAGUGAUUGCCUCAGACCCUUCUCCACUGAGCUGUUUUCAAGGGCAAGUGCUUGUUGGAGUCUUGCCAGAACAAACUGAUCACAAGAAGAAAGCAUACACCAGAAUGUCCUGUAAUAAUUUAGUUAGAAACUAACUACUAACUAGUCCUUGGAAUUAGUGACCUAUGGAGACAGUAUUUAUCAAUUUAUUGAUUUUAUUGAUUCUUCAAAUUAGGAAUUAACUUACAUGGAUUUGCUUUCUCUUGUCUUCUGAUGGCCCUUCAUCCCAAGCGUUUACUGAAAAUUCCAUUCUAGAUAUUCUUGCUUUGACAGGUGACACUACAGUCUUGUAAUGUUGUCUUUUAUGUGUAUACAAAAUGUAUCUUUUUACUUGCAACUGAAAUAGAAUUACUUUCUGACACCCAGAAGAUUGGAGUCUGUCAGAAACUGUAUAAUAGGCCAGCAAUUUUUAUUAUUUAACAUUUUAAUUUAGAUUUCUAGGAAGCCUAUUCUCUGUUCAGAUUUUGGCUCUAUAUUUAAUCCAGUAAAAAACUGCACAUGUGAUUCAGAAUAAAUGAGAAAUAUCUAUUUGAGCUGGGUGGGUAUAUGUUACUAAUCUAGGUUUAAAGUUGACUUCAUUAUCUGCUAGUGCCAUCCACAGCAAUCCACCCUCAUGCACACUAAGCCACCUUGUCCACUUUUUAAAGAGGUUAAUUUAAUUAAUAUUACUAUGUUCUAUGGGGUUGCUCUCCCACCUGUCUGCAUAGAAAGGGAGAAUUAGACGUAGCAUGCUUUUGAAAAGCAAAUAGAAUUGUUUGGAAUGAUUUACUCUUUUUGUUGUUGUUGUUCCAUUGUGGUUCUACAUUCCUGGUGAAUGAUGAAUAUUGCUGUCAAAAGACUGCCCCCUACCCUAGAAGGGUUUCUGGGCAUUUGAUGGCAGGAAGAUUUUUAAAAGAUUAGACUGAAGUUGGUUUAAAAUUUAAUCCUGUGAACCGGUGAUAAAUCAAAGAAAAGGUUCGUUUAUUGUAAAUAAUACUGGUUUGGAAUAGUGAUGUUAGACUUACCCUAAUUUAUGAACAAGAAAUUAAUCUCUCCAUGCAUAGUUUUAGACUUAAAAAAAAGUUUCAAUAAAAUUGGUGUCUUGUAAUAGAAAUGUUGUCCACUUCCCUUGUUCACAGGCCUAGAACAGUUAAAGGGAACGUAAUUUGUUUAGACUCUCAUGUAAAUGUGAAUUGGGCCAACUUUGGUUCAUCCUUAAGUGAAUUAGAGGAUUCGGCUAUCCUGGGUGUAUUUAUAUUCAUUUAUUCCAUUCUCCGUAAUGUUGCUUAAUUUUCUAAACUAAACUGAUGUGAACAGUAGGGAAAUAAGGGCCCAAAUGCAUAAGUUUCUUUGCACCCUUGCAUUUAAUACAAAUAAACAUUUUUAAAGCUUU